AUGCGCGUCAAAAUCCCGAUCGAGAAGGCAUUCGUUGACAAUUUGUUGCUUGAUUUGUCACAUUCUGAAGCUAUACCUCUCCUGUCAGUUUCAAAUACGCACUCCCAACACAUGUACAGUGUAAAAUUCAGUUCCACCCCGCUCUGGACGCCUAAAAUUCAAUCCGAACAAGGAAUCCUUUUGGCUUCAAAAUCCAUUGUCGAUAAGUUCCCUAUCUCUAUCUCUCAGCUCUCCAUUCUUCUAUCUCCCUAUACCGGUAUAUUCUCUUCAACCACAAGUUGCUCUCAAUCUAAAAUCCGUGAUCGAACUACUCCACAAAAUUGUAUACAAACUUCCAUUAAAGAAGGAUCUAAUUUCACCUAUAAACCAUGGCAAAUUACCGAGAAGGAGACAGGUGGUACUCUCGGCAUUGAUCUAAGAUAUCCAUGGAGAAGACCGAUAUACUUUUUUCAGGCUAUGUUUGAUAAUAUCGUGAUUGUUCCAGAGUCCGAGUUCAGUCCUGCAAACACGAAAGCCAGGGGACUUGAAAAUUAUGGCUCUGUGUUUAUCCGUAAAAGAAAAAUUGUUCAGCUAGGUCAAAGGCCUUGGUUCUGUUCUUGGAAUGGAACACUUUUGGACAUUUCAAUUUACGCAAAUGAAACUUCUGAUGGCGGAUCUCAGUAG